AUGCCGCCGGCGCCUCUGGCCCCGCUCGAAGACGACGAUCUCCUCCGUGAGAUCCUGCUCCGCCUCCCGCCGCAGCCCUCUUCCCUUCCCCGCGCCUCCGCCGUCUGCAAGCGGUGGCGAUGUGUCGCCGUCGACCCCAAAUUCACCGCCCGCUUCCGCGCCCACCACGGGAAGCCGCCCCUCCUCGGCGUCUUCCAGCACCGCGAUGACGGCAUCGUGUUCGCCCCCGUCCUGGCCCCUCCCGACCGCGUCCCUCCCGAGCGCUUCGACCUGCGAAUCCCCGACGACAACCCCUACCUGGGGCCACAGUUGCUCGGCUGCCGCCACGGCCGCGUCCUCGUAUUCGACCGGCCGCGUGCGGAGGUCCUUGUGUGCGAUCCCAUCGCGGGCGAGGAGCGCCGCGUGGCCGUUCCGCCGGAGUUCAGAACGGCCGGCGUCAACGGGGCGGUACUCUGCGCUGACCGCGGCCAGGGUGCACGGCGGCUGCCACUCCAGCCCCUUCAAGGCAUUGGAAUUGCUGGUGCACGAUACAAUGGGUGA